CCAAUUGGGCCUCCCCGCAUAAAAGAGUAUCCAGGUUCUGUUGGGCCUUUCCACACAGGUACAUGCAGGUUUAGGUGGCCCGAAUGGUGAUGAAUUAAUAGACUCGGUUGUAGGAAACCUGCUUCAUGGAGUCAGAACUCAGGAGGAGGCGCAGCAGGGAGGAAGUGCAGAAAAGAGAGAAGAGAUGGCGUUUCUUUUCAACAAGUUUCAGGAGGCUGUCAAAGUUCUUGCUAAACACUCCCCUAUGCUUGCCAAGAAUCCUAGGAAACUACAAUUGGAGGCGGAUAUUAACCGCCUGUUCCUGUAUACCGGGUAGCUACAAUCGCUUGGGAAAGGACGCUGAUGGGGCAGAUGUGGACGAGAUUAUUGACAUGGCUAAUAAAGCCUCUAUUGAUGAUCAACAGAAACAAGUCCAAGAGAACAUUCAUCUUCAAAUUAAAAGCUUCUGCACAUGUAUGGAUGAACUUCUUCUCCCUGACGUAAACAACUCCAAUGAGGUAGCUCAUUCAACUAAAAAAUCAAAUGUUACCCCUCAACGAAGUGGACUUAGUUUAGCUAUUGGCAGAAACAGACAGGGAGACAAACAUCCUGAUGUGCCUGAGACAAGGCCAUUAGGACUCGCUGAUGUAUCUAAAAAAUUAAAGGAUCUCUUUGGCUACACUCUCGAUAUCAAACCUUCUCAGAUACCCCAUAAGGAAGCGGGCCAAGGUUUAUUUUUAAAUGGUGAAUGUGAUGUUGGUUCUGUGGUGGCUGUGUACCCUGGUGUAAUAUAUUCCCCAGCAUUUUACCGUUACAUUCCUGGAUAUCCAAGAGUUGAUGCACAAAACUCGUAUCUGAUCACAAGAUAUGAUGGAACUGUGAUCAAUGGCAAACCAUGGGGUUCUGGGGGUCAAACACGUGAUUUCUGGAAUGGGUUAACAGAACCAGAGAUCAGGUCUCAUAAGCAAGGAGAUGAGAAAGGUUCAGAUCGUCUCUUAAAGCUCCUAAGUAAGCCUUUAGAUGGCAGGCAACUUGGAAGUGGCAACAUUAUAGAGCGGAGGAACCCAUUAGCUUUGGCUCAUUUUGCCAACCACCCUGCAAAUGGUGUGGAGCCAAAUGUAAUGAUUUGUCCUUAUGACUUCCCACUAACUGAAAAGGAAAUGAGAGUUUAUAUUCCAAAUGUCAUAUUUGGAAGUGCUGAAGAUGUGAAGAUGAAGAAAUUUGGGAGCUUUUGGUUGAAGCUUGGGAGUUCAAGAAAUAGCGGUUCAGAUGUUCCUGUUUUGAGGACACUUGUUCUGGUAGCUACAAGGGCACUCUGUGAUGAAGAAGUGCUUUUGAAUUACAGGUUGAGCAACUAUAAGUGCCGGCCAGAGUGGUAUAGUCCAGUCGAUGAGGAGGAAGACCGAAGAAGGUGGAGCUGAGGUUUGUUAUAAACUUUGGUUUAUGUUACAGAAUUAUACUCAUGGUUCCUUGUGAGUUGUGACCAUGAAAUUUUAUCAAGUUGAUAAAAUUAGCUGCAUAUAAGGUUAGCAGAUGGAAUUUGAGUUAUGUGGAAUUCUGGGAGAGAAAUUUUGUACGUGGCAUAGCCAUCAUAUUUAGGGAAAGCAGUUAAGUUUCCAUUUCUUUCACAUUGUCAGACGCUACAGAAUAAAUUAUCUGACAGUGAAUGGCUUCUAUCUUACAGAAGCUUGUUGGUGA